UAAUUUUAAUCUAAUACAAGUAAACUUUCUCAUGUUAGAUAAUAACAACAACAACGACAACAAACUUGAAUUGUCCCUUAUCACAAACAAGCGACCCGCAGUACACCUUAAAAAAAGUCUCCGACUGCUGUCAUGAAAGCUUACAAGAAACUGAAAUGGCACGUUAAACUCAAACAUCACCUCCAGUUCUUAUACGCAGGCUGCAGAAAAGAAAUGCUUGUCUUACUAGCUGUGAGACUCACAAAAAUAGAAAUGAAAACAUGAAAAUUUCUCUUGUUCGUUAUAAAGAUGAAAUUACUCAUUAGCACGUGAGCUUACGAUGCGCCGACCAUCGGGAAAUACAUGUUGUGAGAUGUUUAUGUAGUUCUUACGCACCUUCGUUCGACAAACGUCAGAACUGUAUAAAUCUGUGUUGUGAAAAGCUGUGUCAGUCCUGGUUCCUGUUGAAAUCUCAGUAUAUUAAUGAUGUUAUUGACAAUUUUGGCAGGUGUAGCCAUCACAAUUAUUUUACCAUUAUCGAUUCGCUACUAUAUGAAAGGAGCCACCUGCACCAGCCCUGUUAAACUGGAAGGCAAAACAGUUAUUAUUACUGGAGCUAACUGUGGAAUUGGAUUCGAAACAGCCCGUAAUUUAUUACAACGAGGGGCUCGAGUGAUCCUCGCAUGUCGGGACGUAAAUAAGGCAAAAUCGGCUGCGAAACAAUUAAGUGAAUUAGGUUCAGGUGUUGUACUUGUUGAAAAACUUGAUCUCUCAAGCUUCGAUUCCAUCCGGACAUUCUGCAAGAAUAUUAAGCAACAUAUAACCUCUUUGGAUAUCCUUAUAAACAAUGCGGGUGUUUAUUUCCACCCGUAUGCUAAGACAGAGGAUGGCCUGGAAAUGCAUAUGGGGGUCAAUUAUUUUGGUCCUUUCCUUUUGACACAUCUUCUACUGGAGUUAUUUAAAAACUCUGAUUCACCCCGCGUCAUUUUUGUCGGGAGUAUGCUUUACAAAAACGGGAAAAUCGAUUUUAACAACAUGAAUAGACAGGAGUUUUUUCAUCAACACGGUGCCUACUGUGAC